UGUUUCUGCAGAUUUUCUUCCAUAAUUAUUUCUCUCUUUCUGUCACUGACUUUCUACCAGUCAUAAUGGCAGAGUGAAGAUGGGGGACUGGAACUUCCUCGGGGGGAUUUUGGAGGAGGUGCAUAUCCAUUCCACUAUGGUUGGCAAGAUCUGGCUCACCAUCCUGUUCAUCUUCCGCAUGCUGGUCCUCGGAGUGGCAGCUGAGGACGUGUGGAACGACGAGCAGUCUGACUUCAUAUGCAACACUGAGCAGCCGGGAUGCAGAAACGUCUGCUACGACCACGCUUUCCCAAUCUCCCUCAUCCGCUACUGGGUGCUGCAGGUCAUUUUUGUGUCUUCUCCCUCGCUGGUUUACAUGGGCCACGCUCUGUAUAGGCUGCGGGCGCUGGAGAAGGCCCGGCAGAAGAAGAAGGCUGUGUUGCGGAAGGAGCUGGAGCUGGUGGACGUGGAGUUGGCAGAAGCCCGGAAGAGGAUCGAACGAGAGAUGAAACAGCUCGAUCAGGGGAAGCUGAACAAAGCUCCUCUGAGGGGCUCUCUGUUGCGUACAUAUGUGGCUCAUGUUGUCACCCGCUCUGUUGUCGAGGUGGCCUUCAUGACAGGCCAGUACCUCCUUUACGGCUUUCACCUCUACCCGCUCUACAAGUGUGAACGGGAUCCUUGUCCCAAUGCUGUGGACUGCUAUGUUUCCAGACCGACAGAGAAAAGCGUCUUUAUGGUGUUCAUGCAGUGCAUUGCUGGAAUUUCCCUUUUCCUAAACAUCUUGGAGAUCAUACAUCUGGGUUACAAGAAGAUUAAAAAGGGCAUAUUGGACUUUUAUUCUCACCUCAGAGAUGAGAGAGAUGAUCCUGAUGACUACUGUGCCAACAAGUGUAUAAAAGAAUCUGUCGUGCAAAUAUGCACCAACUCAUCCCGAAAGACAACGAUUGCUUCUGCACCCAGUGACUACAACCUCUUAAUGGACAGGGCGCAGGGCACAAUUAUGUACCCAAACCUGAUCAAACCUUCAACCUUUCUACCUCUUCAGGGCGAGCUGCCCACUCAACACGAUUUGGAUGAUUGCAGAUGUUCAGUUCAAUACCCCCCACACUGUAACUGCACCUUGACCACAAAUGAGCCGUGCUCUCCGUGCUGCGACUCUUUGAUUAAUCCAAAGCAGGACACUGAGGACUUUGUGCAUCUUCCCCUGCACAGUAAAGAGGAUGACGGCAGUGAAAAAGGAAGCCCGGACUCUCCAAAAUGCCAGCAGAAGGCCACACACACUUCUUCCUUCCCCACGCUGCCUGUGAGCGCAUCAAGGAAGCCGUGGAGAGCUCAUGGCUCCUUCAAAUGCUCCACAGUGUUGGAGGGCAAAAGCUCUGACACAGAUUCAUACGGGGGUGCAAAAGCCAGCAAUGGCCCUCCCUCCAGUCGAACACAGUUAAAAUCAGAGGCCAGACAUCAGAGUCAGCCCUCCAGCCUGGAGUCUCUGGAUGACUCCAGCUCAGGAUCCAGGCACAACCACAGACCCCCUUCCUCCAACUGCAAAACAUCAGUGGCAAGUAAUGCGAGCAGCAGACGAGCAGCUGACCUGCAAAUCUGAACUUCAAAU